AUGGCAGAUAUAGAGCAAGCGGAAGGCCUCAGCGAGCCCCAGGGCCGCCAUGUGAUCUAUUGCGGCGUCUGCACUUUACCACCCGAGUACUGUGAAUACGGCGGCACCGUCAAGAAAUGCCAGGACUGGUUACAGAAAGCCCACCCAUCCCUAUAUGAACAUAUAUGGUCUCCUGAAGCCUUAGAGGCUGCUACCGCGUCAUUAUCAGUCGAAGCCCAAAAGCGAGCCGCGAAAGACGCCCAGAAAAAAGCCGCCCAAGCGGAGAAGGCGGAGCAGAAACAAGCCGACAAGAUCGCCAACAGUGUCGUUACGAUCAAGCGGGUCGAGCGGAACAAACGAAAAUUCGUGACUGCCGUGUCAGGCCUCGAGGCUUUCGGCUUGGAUCUCAAGAAAGUCGCCAAGGAGUUUGGUAAGAAGUUCGCUACCGGCUCCUCCGUCACCAAGGUCCCGAGCGGAGGGGAAGAAAUUGUCGUUCAAGGAGACGUGAGCGACGAGAUCGAAGAGUUCCUAUUGGAGAAGUAUAAAGAUAUACCGAAGGACAACAUCGAGCUGGUAGAUGACAAAAAGAAGAAGGGUGCUAGCGCCGGCUAA